AUGAGUGUCGUAGCUCUCUCACCGGUGGCCCCUGAGCCAGCCUCGCCGAUGCUCACCUCUGUCACUCCUGUCACCCCGAACCUGGACCCCAACACCUCGAGCUCACUUGCUGCUAUCACUGUUCCCCCUCUCGGCCUGGAGCAUCAGUCGAAGGAUGGCUCUACCUCACCGGGCCCAGGCCCGAGCCAGGGAAGCCUCACUGAAGGACCUCACAUGGGACAAGACAACUCCCGGAGGUCAACGAAACCUCCGCCUCUCCACACUGGAGCUGACUGGAAGGUCGUCCUCCACCUGCCAGAGAUUGAGAAGUGGCUGAGAGCAACCAGUGACAGAGUGACGCAGCUCACACACUCUGUGGGGCAAGACAGCAACAACCGGCACGUGGACGUCCACUUAGUGCAGCUCAAGGACAUCUGUGAGGACAUCUCAGAUCAUGUGGAGCAGAUUCACGCCCUGCUGGAGACGGAGUUCUCCCUGAAACUACUGUCCUACUCUGUUAACAUCAUUGUUGACAUCAGGACGGUGCAGCUGCUGUGGCACCAGCUGAGAGUCUCGGUUCUGGUCCUGAAGGAACGUCUGCUGCAGAGCCUGCAGGACUCCAACGGAAACUACACCCGCCAGACUGACAUCCUGCAGGCCUUCAGUCAGGACCAGCACCAGACCCGUCUGGACGCUCUGACAGAGGUAGACGAUUGUGGUCAGCUGACUAUCCGCUGCAGCCAAGACUACUUCUCUCUGGACUGUGGUAUCACUGCUUUUGAGUUAAGUGACUACAGUCCCAGUGAUGAACCUGAGGUCCGGGUAGCAGAGUCUAAUAGUGAGGACACCCAAAAGGAGAUCAACCAAACCCAAGACCCAAACCAGGAACCAGGAUCUGAGGAAAGUGGAGGUCCCCAACUGUCAAACCACAAAAUCCAUAACAGUUUACCGGAACUCUCUUCUCCCAGUGACUCAACAAACCAUAACCCUUCUCCAUCUAUUUUGCCCACAAUGCAAUGUGGCAUGCCUAACCACAAUGAAAGUGCGAAGCGCCCCCUGCAGGGCGAGUUCCACAGCACUGAAGUGUCACCCACACAACCAUCACUUCCCAAGAAAGCUGCUAUGUUCCCAGAUGGAGCAGCCAGGGCGGAGGACUCAGUGGGAGGUUCGGAGAAGGUUAGCCCAGUCUCAGGGAUCCAGUUCCAGUCUGAGCUGAGCCGGAGCACCCCGUCUCUCAUCUCCGUCUCUCCUCCAGACCGCUCCAAGUUCUGGUUGGAACUAGACUCUGUUUAUCCGGAAAAUGUUUCACAGUCCUGCGAGAGCCUGCAGAGGUAG